AUCUCUCUCAUUUACAUUAUUUUCAAUAUUUUCCAGCAUCACAAUAUGAACCGGGCGGUUAUUCAUUACAGACACAAACCAGCCGUAAUUCAGCCAACAUGACACAACGCGAUGGUAUUAUGAAAUUCGAAAAUGAAAGAAUUAAAACCCUACAAGAAGAACGUUUACACAUACAAAAGAAAACCUUUACAAAAUGGAUGAAUUCAUUUCUUGUAAAAGCAAAAAUGGAGGUCGAAGACCUUUUUACAGAUUUAGCGGAUGGUGUCAAAUUGCUGAAAUUACUUGAAAUAAUAUCAGGUGAAAAGCUGGGAAAACCUAAUAAUGGACGUAUGCGUGUACAUAAAAUUGAAAAUGUUAACAAGAGUCUGGCAUUCUUGCAUACCAAGGUAUGUAAAAGUUGUUUUUACUAUAUAUACUUUACGUUGGUUUUGGUAACUGUGUAACUGUGUAAUGUAAAG